CUCGGCCAAGAACAUCCAGAAUAUUCUUUUAUCAAUCAGAUACGCCCAACCCUUCAAGGUUCCUCAAGCCAACUGCCUAACUCUUCAAUUGACCAAGCUAACCAAGCCACCAACCAUGGACUCCACCUCUCCCGCACUGUCACCAACAGAAGCAGCCCAGAUUGUCGAUGCCACGCUCGACAGCGUCUCCCAGCAACUCCGCGAUCUAAACCACCAGAUCUGGUCUCACCCCGAAGCCGCAUUCACCGAACACCACGCCCACGACAUUCUCUGCACCUUUCUCGAGACCCAGCCACACCCAUUCGUGGUCACCCGGCAGGCCUACGGGCUGGCCACGGCGUUUGAAGCGGUAUCGGAAACCGCCCCGACCCAAAAUAACACGAACCACGACGAGCCACCGACCACGAUCAAUUUCAACGCCGAGUACGAUGCCCUCCCGGGAAUCGGCCACGCGUGCGGCCACAACCUCAUCGCGACGAGCAGCGUGGCCGCCUUCCUAGCGCUCUCUGCCCUGCUGCGGCACCGAGACAUCCGAGGCCGGGCGCAAUUACUCGGCACCCCGGCCGAGGAGAACGGGGGAGGGAAGGUCAAGCUUCUCCGGGCGGGGGCGUAUGACGGGGUCGCGAUUUCGUUGAUGGGACACGGAGGCCCCACCUCCCUGCCCUCCGACGGAGUAGCCGGGAUGCCCAUGACCGCGCGGCAACAACUCACGAUCGAGUUCCGCGGGGCGGAGACGCACGCGGGCGCCACGCCGUGGGAGGGGCGCAACGCGCUCGACGCGCUGGUCAGCGCCUACAACAACGUGAGCCUGCUGCGACAGCAGCUGCGGCCGGAGGAGCGCAUUCACUGCGCGAUCCUGGAGACGCCCACGGUCGCGAACGUGAUCCCCGCGGCGACCAAAGCGUGCUGGCAGGUGCGGAGUCCGUCGCGGGCGGGCCUGCGCGCGCUGGUGAGCCGGGUCCGGCGCUGUGUGGAGGCCGGAGCCCUGGCGGCCGGGUGCGAGGCGGUGGCCGUCGAAGAGGAAGAUGGGGAGGCGUAUACGGAUGUGCUACUGAAUGAGACGCUGUGUCGGCGGUACCAGGCGCAUAUGAAGCGCUAUGGGCGGGAGGUGGUGGUGAGAGCGGAUGAGGUUCUGGCCGGGUCGACGGAUGCGGGGAAUGUCAGCUAUGUUUUGCCCACGCUGCACAGCUUCUUCUCCAUCAGCGCGCCCCCCGGGUGCGUCCCGCACCAUCCCUCGUACACGGAAGCGGCGGGCUCCGACAUCGCCCACCAGGAGGCGAUCCGGGUAGGCAAGGCCCUGGCUCUGCUUGGGUGGGACAUGAUCACGAAUCCUGAGCUCUUGGAACAAGCGCGGGCGGAGUUGAGGGAGGGUCUUCUUAGGGCACAAUAAUCUAC